AUGCCAUUGACCAGCGGUGUGAAGAGUGAACACAGAACACAGGAAAUGGAGACUACCAGAAAACGGAAGGCCACGGUGCUGGCUAAAACAGAGAUGCUUGUCGUCAUAGAAGUUUGGAAGGAAAAUGUUCAGGCGCUACGCAGCAAUGCGAAAAACAGCCACAUCUACGCGAAAAUGUGCGAGGAGCUGCGGGGACUGGGAGUAGACGUAACGCCCGUCGAAUUGAAAAAUCGCAUCCACAAUUUAACGCGGAAGUACAGGACCGAAAGAAAUGCCAUGGGUCCAUCGGGAGGUUCACCAUCUACAUGGGAAUACUUCGACACCCUGCACAGCUUUCUUCAUGGUUUCAAACAGAACAGCACCCGGGAAUUGAUGGAUGAGGUUAUUGGUACAGAUGAAGAAUUUGGAGACGCUGAGUAUCUAGAAGAGGCUCUGGAAGACGGUUCCUGCAGUCAGUCUUCAUAUCAGUCAUCCGUUGGUUCCGCAUCAUCACCGACACCCUCUUCCUCCGCCCGGGCUAGGUAUUCAGUGGCUAAGAGGAAGAAAGCAAAUUUUCAAGAGAAAGUUAUUGAGCUAGUUGAAAAAGACAGUUCUGCAAUAAAAUCAUAUUUGGAGCACGCAAAAGCUACCGAUCGUGAAAUCGUACAAUUGAUGAAAGAGAACAACAACCUAAUGCGUGAAAUGAUCGAUAAAAUGUAA